AUGGCGACGAUUGUGAUUGGGGUGAACCCACGCACAGGGCAGCAGGAGCUGCGACAGGAGGAGGAAGGCGCACAGUAUGCAGCGCAGCUAACGGCUUCCACUUAUGGUGAUAUGCUUCAUGAUCAAGAACGCAAUGCCAUGUAUGAAGCGGCCAUCACGGCGAGUGUGAAGGCAAAAGGACAAGAUGCCGUUGUAUUGGAUAUUGGCACCGGCACGGGCCUUCUUGCGCUCAUGGCUGCCCGCGCAGGCGCACGCCACGUCUUUGCCUGCGAAGUGUUCCCUGCCAUGUGUGCAGUGGCCCGCGAGUGCAUCGCACCCAAUGGCAUGAACGACGUCAUCACCCUCAUCCAGAAGCGGUCUACCGACAUGACAGUUGGACCUGAAGGUGACAUGCCUUUGCGGGCUGAUAUUAUUGUGAUGGAGAUCUUCGACUCGGAACUGAUCGGCGAGGGUGUCCUUGGUACCAUGAAGCAUGCUUUGGAGCACCUCGCAAAGAGCGAUGUUACCGUCAUUCCUUCAGAGGCAACGGUGUACGCGCAGCUGUGCUGGAGCCCUACGCUCGAUGCCCUGCACCUUGUUGAUGGCGCCACCGUUGGCCGGCGCACACUCAAGAGUCGACCACAGGCACACGCCACGCCAUCGCCGCUUGAGUGUCACCUCGACACGCUUCUUUCAGACCGGACAAAUCUUUCAGAAGUGUCCCUUGUGAAAACCUUCGACUUUGCAGACGCGCGCACCCUUGAUUGGCCGGCGCAGCACACUGUCACCUUCGACCUCACACCUGAAGCUAAGACAUUCACGCAUGUCCGCGCACACAUGUGCUUUGCAGAGCGACACUGGCGGCAGCACUGGCAGCCGUGCGUGUACACACUGCCAUCACCAGCAGCGCUUACACCCCCAGCUGCGAGGCUAGCUGUCCGCCACGAUGAGUAUGCGUGGGCGUUUUCCCCGACCUCAGAUGGCCUUGAUGCACCACCUGAUCCGCUUGCUGCACCACUGCCCCGCCGCCGCCGCGCUGCCCUGCACGACGCGUCAUAUUGGCGGUGCUUUGAGCGUGCGCUUGAAGUUGCGCAUGCGCAGUUGCAACGACCUCUGCGCGUGCUGUGUGUUGGUGAUGCAUCUUUCCUGCCAGUUGUUGCCGCGCAGCUGGACGUCGUGCACCGCGUGUAUGUGCUCGAACAGAACUUCCUUGCUCGCGCGGUCACGAGCGUGUUCCCGGAUGAGGAUGCAGCCAAGGUGAAGGUGAUUCGCGCCUCCGCAGAGGACGUCAAUGUCUCCUUUUUGGACAAUGCACCAGCCGAUGUGCUGCUGGCAGAGCCAAGCUACCUCUUUGCAGACCUCCCCUGGCACACGAUUUGCUUCCUGUUUGAGCGGCUAGCGCUGCAAUCGUGCCUGACGGACGAUGCUGUCAUCAUCCCGAGUCGCUUCCAUCUCAUGGUGCAGCCGGCCGUGCUUCGUGACUACCACACACUCCGCCAGCCAGCCGACAAUGUAUCUGGGUUUGACCUGAGUGCGUACGAUCGAGCGUGUGCGCUUGCGUCGUGGGAAACGGUGUUUCUGCCCAACAAUGGGUACCGCCUGCUUGCCGCCCCGCGCUGCAUCCUUGACGUGGACCUCACCAGCCAAACCCCGCUCGACGCAGCUGGGGAGGCCAUGUGGCGCGCCGGCGGGAGGGAGCAGAGCAGCAGUGAUGGCGACGUGGCUGGCCAUGGCGGUGAAGCUGUUGCCAACUGCGUGCUUGCGUGGGUGGACUUCACACUGAUCAGCGAGAACACAUGUGAUGCUGCAGACACUACAUCUAUCAUCCGGGUAUCCAACGCGCCUGGUGCGCUGCGCUGCCACACGGCCGUGCAGGUGCUCGAGCGGCCGUGUGCAGACAGCGCCCCUGCCACCACAGAAGCAGCCAAGCAGCAGCAGCAGCAACAAACGAGCGAGGAGGUCCAAGAGAGCGCGCCUUGUUUACUGGGGGUCAAGGCAGUGUUUGAUCCCACGUCCGCAGCAGUCCACGUCAAUGCAGCCUGGAUGUGA